CCACUGUUCCCCAUCUUGGACUCAACCCUCAUUAGUAGCGGUUUCCGCCUGCUGCCCACUCGCCGGUGCUUUGUUCUCUCUGCACCAACGCCUUUGGCCGCAGCGGCCCGACCUCGAUCCCUUCGCCUGCGUGUGCCAGUUUCGUCUUCUCGUGUGCAGAGACAAUCCCGUCUAUUACGCUGCGCAUAGCUGGGCCGCUUUCCAAAACGCGACGAGACAACACGACGACGCGGAACCGUUAGAGACAUCGGCAAUCCACCACAGCCCGGCAUUCACCCCCCAUGCACUGCCCAUCGAAGGCUUGCAAGACACCUGCUUAGACAAAUAAGCAUAUCCAGCGGCCAUUGUUGUUGUUAAACAAACUGCGCCGAAGCAAAUAUAUUGCGCGUAGGCGUACGAGGCGUCCCACCACACAGGCUGCAACUCAGGUCCCUGCAUCUCGGCGUCCCUCCCCAUUGUUAGGGUCUGCCUUGCUGCUUAGCUGAUCGCCACCGCACCUGGCCUGUAACUCGGUGACUACAGCCGCCAGACCUACACUGUACGCAGAAGAGGCGAGAAACUUUUUUUGGUCACCGUCGCCACGUAACCGACCGACUCGGUUAUAUCGACAUCAGGAACAACGACAGCAGCACUGCUUUGCUGACAAACGCUGCAGCGUGUCCGAAACGCUCAAAAGUGCAUGCUGCACUGUGAUCCACGCGGCGUGCUUCACAAUCUGCAACACCAGUAGUAGCAGUAACAGCAAUGGAACCAGUUCCGGAAACCGAGCGGAUGGAGGAGUUUCGCUCCUCCCCAAUUCCGGCUCUCUCGUUGAACAGUCCGGCGCUUCUCACCAACGACUUUGAUAUCAUCCGCAAACUGCCCGUUAUUCGAAGAGGCACGGAUCCUAGCCCACCGCUGCCGACAAACUCUGCCUGGUAUAACUCCACCACCAUCCCCUAUCGUCCUCGCACCGCCUCGCCUCUCUCAGGCGGACACGCUCGAUCUUUCUCGACCAGCAACCUCUCCGCUACUGGCAUGUCCCGUACACAGUCAAUGCCAGGAGUCAACGGCUCCGGGCAUCUGCUAUACUCGCCACAACUACGGCCGGCGAGCCCGUCGGCUUCACCAAGCCGUGUACGCACGCCUCGGAAACCGGCGGAUGAGGGCUUCCCGCUGACUUCACCGGUUCGGUCAUCGGUGCUUGACGGCGAACGUCGGUCAUCCUCGGAGCGUAGUCGAUCUCCCAAUUUGGGUCUGACGAGCUCAUCCUCUUCAUCACGUCUACGGAGGACAUCAUCCCCUUUCCGAUCUAUUCCGCCCUCCAACAGCAGCUCCGCCAUCAUCCCUACCACCCCUACUUCAACCGCAUCUUCACCACUUUAUCGUCCAUAUGACUCGUCUCUCAGCAGCUAUGGUAGCAGCCUGUCAUCAAUCCCGUCUACUCCGACAUCUACUAGAUCUCGAAGUCCGAGCAUAUCUAGUCUUGAGACCAUUCCUGACACGCCUGAUGCCGAAGAGGCUGCCCUGGAAGCCGAGCGACAGGCUGCCAUCGAAGCUGCAGAAGGAAGCGACUCUGGAUCCGAGUCCAAAGGCAAAAGCAGUCUCGAUGUUCCUGCUCGCGGCCGAACCCUCGGCUUCGGCUCUCGUGAUAAGCGAAAGCGGUGGAGUGUCUGUGGUGCCGAAAGGAGAAGCGACCUGGACUUGGAAACGAUCUGGGAAGACUGAGAUGUAUGUCGGCAACGACACAAGUCACUUGAUGCAUUUGCCAUUGCAUCUGAUAUGAAAUAUAUGUUAGCAUGAAUUUGUGCCUCUUAUGUAUGGCGCUUGGGCACCGGUGUUUUUGUUUUUAUCUGCAUUUCUGUUUUUUUCCUUGGGAGACUUUUGGGAGCAGCUCUCGAGUGACGAACGCCCUCUUUUGCACAUGGGCACACAGUACAGGUUUAGCUAUUCAUUUUUUGAGGGCCGUCAAAUGCUUGUUUGUCGUGCUCUUAUGGCUACUGCGCGGGUUGUGUGGUGGUUAAUCCAAGGACCAGGCUAUAGCGAGAUUGAUCUUUGAUGAAUUGAUACCCCUUUCUUUCUU